CCACCUCUAUCUAGUUCCAAAAUAUUUUCAUCAUCCCCAAAGGAAACCCUGUACCCAUUAGCAGUCAGCCUGUUAUCCACUCUAACCAGCCUCUGGCAACCACCAAGUCACUUUCUAUGGAUUUACUGAGUCUGGAUAUUUCAUUAUGAAUGCAGUCAUACAAUAUGUGACCUUGUGCCUGGCUUCUCUUACUUAGCAUAGUGUUUUCAAGGUUCAUCCAUGUCGCAUAUAUCAGGACAUCUGCAUCUUUUUUUACAACUCUUUACAAACACACAUACCCUUUAUCCCAUGGUGUUCUUUGAGGCAUGACUUAGCUUCCUUGCUAGACUUUGAACUUGAGGGCAGAGCUUGCACCUGAUUCAUCCUCACCGCCUGGGAAAGUGCAGGGUGAACACUGAAUGCAUGUGCCAUUGUCUGCUCUGGGUGCUGAAGAGUAGGCUGAAAGUCUGCCUCUUGAGACCAGGUCACCUCCAUCUGUACUUCCUUGCCCAAAUGGCCCAAGUCUUUGUGUAUGGGACUCUUAAGAGAGGCCAGCCCAACCACCAGGUCAUGCUGGACUGUACCAAUGGCUUCGCGGCAUUCCAAGGCCAGGGCCGCACUGAAGAAUCAUAUCCUUUGGUGAUUGCUGGUGAACACAACAUUCCACGUCUGCUCAACAUCCCAGGAAAGGGGCACCGUGUGGCUGGAGAGAUCUAUGUCGUUGAUGACCAGAUGCUGCAAUUCCUUGAUGAAUUUGAAGGCUGCCCAGACAUGUAUCAGCGUACUCCAAUGAAGAUUGAAGUCCUCAAGUGGGAAGGUAAAUGCAGCACCCCUGAGGAGAUGCCAGCUGCUAACAGGAUAGUGCAGUGCUUCGUGUACAGCACGGCCACCUACUUGCCAGAGUGGAUCCACCUCCCGUACCACGACAAUUAUGAUUCUCAGGGGAAGCACGGGCUUCGUUAUAAUCCACGGGAAAACAGAUGAAAAAUGGAAAGGAACACUCAUCAGUCAGAUGACAAAUAUAGCCCUGAUAAUUAUAAGAUUACCUGAUCUUAAUCUGUACUCAUUGAAUGCAAAAACAUCAUAAUGCCCUUUUAAACAAAUGUUUGUAAAACUCAGUCCUGUGAGGGGGAAAAAAAAAUCUCUUUCAGUGGAGGCUAACUUUACAAAUAAAUUUGACAUACUAAUAACAAGAUCAUACCCUUUAUUGUGGCCUUGAAUGUAUAUGAUAAGAAAAAUACAGGGUUUUAAUUCUCCUAAAUGGCAUUUAGAUGGAACUCAUGUGUUCCCAUGCUCUUCUUUUCUUUUACUUUGCCUUGCUUUAAUUUGAAGAUAACUUUUAAAAAGAAGGUAAAAACUCUGUGUUUUACCUGUAUUAUACCUACUAUAUUGAUUCUGGCCUGUACCACCUAGAAAAAAAAAAGUUUUUAAAAUAGAAGCUGAUUUUGGAUGGCUCAAGGUAGUAAAAAAAGAUCCUUGAGAAAAAUAUGCCAUGUUUUGGAGAAUAUGUGGAGGAUCAUUCGUCACAAUUUUUAGAUGAAGCUUAUACAAAGACUAUUAAAAAAUCAUUUAAAAUUAAACUAGAUGUUUUGGGAAAUAAAAUAUAUAUGUUGAUACUACCUUUGGUCUUUUUUGGGUUCUUUUAUCUGGUAGACGGUUUUUUUCAUUCUAAUCUGGCAAAAUAAUGAACACCCACUUGCUGGUAGAUACAGCUGAGCACCCUGCAUUUCAAAGAGACAUUUAUCCAAGCCUAGAUCUCAGAACCAAGGCACCAUCACUGACUCUCAAGGGAAUAACAUUUGGGGUGGGCCUUUCAGAGAAGAACCGUCGCACUAGUAAUUUGUUCUUCAGGCCUGACAGAAAGCUUAGCUUCCAAAUAAAAACAGCACUUAAAAUAAUUUUAGCAAGGCACGAUGUACCAAUUACUACCCACCUCCAUCUGAUAUUUUGUCAGCAUAGCUUCAAAUCAGCACACGAUUCUUUGCUUCUGCUUACCAGCAAAGUAUGAAAUGUAUUCCAAGAAUUUCAGAACCAAACGAAAAUGUAGCUGCUGAUCCUUAGUAACCUUGUUCUCUGCUGGGAAAUUUCACAUACUAUUCAACUUAAUGGUAGAUUGUGAUCACUAACUGCAUCUGGCACAAAUACAUGAUCAUUAUUUUUAGACUUUCUUUUCUUAAUUGGAAACUUGUUUGACAAAAACAUAAAAAGAUGAGGUUGGGUAUCAGCUGAAGAGCUUGUGGUAGCACCAUACACUACUGUUGUGCAUGAAGGAGACAAGCAGAGCACGUUUUUGAGCUCCCUGGCCUGUGACAAAGGGGAAUGGUGUGCAUGCAGCCAUUCCCCAGGAAGAGAGCUCUGCAACAUGCUUUUCCUCAGAAUAGUUACGGUAGCAGCACCACAUUUAAGUAAGUCAGAGCUCCCUACAGGAAUACUCCAGAGGAUUCAACUUACAUCGAAGGCUACACUCAUUUAAAGCUGCAAAAUGAAGGGGGUUUUCAAAAUAAUCAUCUGUGCUUUAUGGUUUGCAGGAAGUUAGGAAUAAUCAGAAACAGGUCGUUAAUUAUGGCAGAAGUAAGGUAACCAGAUUAUAAAAUGACAAAUGCUAAUUUAGAGAAAUUAGAGACAGAGGACUGAACUUUAUAUAAUUUUUUAAAAAGGAUCAUGAUGCUAGUAUUUCAAGUCUACUGGCACAGACUGUAUCCUCUUGUGUACAUUGUCUUCAUUCAAAAAAAGGGCAAACUAAUAUUUAGACAAAUGCUCAGUUUUAUUGAUUUAAUUUUGACACUAGGAAAUCUCACAGCAGAAGUACAAAUCAUAUGUACAAGUAUUUAUAUCAAAAAUUUUCAUUGGUGAUUUUUUGGCAGAAUGUUGGUUUUGACUAUAUGUGGAAUAAAUAUGACCAUGUAAAAUCUGCUGCACAGGAGUGUUCCUGUAAAAUGCUUGAAUAAAUUGAGUGUGAAAGAAUAAUAAAAAUGGCUAAUUAA